GACUUCAAGGUAUAAUCUAUCCCAGAUCCUUUCCCAGAGAGAAACUUGGCGAUCACGUUUUCACAUGAUGCUCACGUUUAGUGCUCUUCAAUUAUCCCUCCCCACAAAGAUAGGUGGCGCGUGUUUCAGGGUCUCGCCUCUCUUCUCUACAGAAAAGAAAAAGAAAAAAAUGUCAUUAGAAGAGGCGUAACACGUCAGUCCGUCCCCAGGUUUGUGUUUCCUGGAGUGGCAGAAAGAGAUCAGUCCUAACCUGCCCAGCAGGAAUAACGGUCCUUCCGACAACUCUUUGCAAGGCUUUUUACAAUUUUCUCCAGGAGCUGCUUCUCUUCCACCUUUUCUCCCCCACACUUCGCGGCUUCUUCAUGCUUUUUCUUCUCACCGUUUCUGGCCAAAACUACAAACAAGACUUCGCAGAUAGAGUCUGCGUGCUGCUGAAUCAGGGAGCCGAGUCCAUGCGAACUGCCUGCCAUCUGAUCCACUCUUAUCAAUGAAGCAGCAGAUCAUGGCGGAUGGCCCCAGGUGUAAGAGGCGAAAACAAGCCAAUCCAAGAAGGAAAAACGUAGUGAAUUAUGACAAUGUAGUGGACACGGGUUCUGAAACAGAUGAGGAGGACAAGCUCCAUAUUGCUGAAGAUGAGGGUAUCGCUAACGCUCUGGAUCAGGAAACAAGCCCAGCCAGCGUGGUGCCCAACCAUGAGUCUUCCCCACAUGUGAGCCAAGCACUGUUGCCAAGAGAGGACGAGGAAGAUGACAUAAGAGAAGGUGGAGUGGAACAUACCUGGCACAACAAUGAGAUUCUGCAAGCCUCUGUCGAUGGGCCAGAAGAAAUGAAGGAAGAAUAUGACACUAUGGGGCCAGAAGCCGCAAUCCAGACCACUGUUAAUAAUGGUACAGUUAAGAAUGCAAAUUGCACGUCGGACUUUGAGGAAUAUUUUGCCAAAAGGAAACUGGAUGAAGGGGAUGGCCAUGCGGUUAGCAUCGCGGAGUACCUACAGCGCAGUGACACAGCCAUUAUUUACCCAGAAGCCCCUGAGGAACUGUCUCGCCUUGGCACUCCAGAGGCCAAUGGGCAAGAAGAAAAUGACCUGCCACCUGGAACUCCAGAUGCUUUUGCCCAACUGCUGACCUGCCCCUACUGCGACCGGGGCUACAAGCGCUUGACAUCACUGAAGGAGCACAUCAAGUACCGCCAUGAGAAGAAUGAGGAGAACUUUUCUUGCCCUCUUUGUAGCUACACGUUUGCCUACCGCACCCAGCUCGAGCGGCAUAUGGUGACGCACAAGCCGGGGACAGAUCAGCAUCAAAUGCUGACCCAAGGAGCAGGUAAUCGCAAGUUCAAAUGCACAGAGUGUGGCAAGGCCUUCAAAUAUAAACACCAUCUGAAGGAACACCUGCGAAUUCACAGUGGUGAAAAACCAUAUGAGUGCCCCAACUGCAAGAAACGUUUCUCACACUCUGGCUCCUACAGUUCGCACAUCAGCAGCAAGAAAUGCAUUGGUUUAAUCUCCGUAAAUGGUCGAAUGAGAAACAAUAUCAAGACGGGUUCUUCUCCUAAUUCUGUUUCUUCCUCUCCUACUAAUUCAGCCAUUUCACAGCUGAGAAACAAAUUGGAGAAUGGAAAACCACUUAGUAUGUCUGAACAAACGGGCUUACUUAAAAUUAAAACAGAACCACUAGAUUUCAAUGACUAUAAAGUUCUUAUGGCCACACAUGGGUUUAGUGGCCCUAGUCCUUUUAUGAAUGGUGGACUUGGAGCAACCAGCCCAUUAGGAGUUCAUCCCUCUGCUCAAAGUCCAAUGCAGCACUUAGGUGUAGGAAUGGAAGCCCCUCUACUUGGGUUUCCUACAAUAGGUAGUAAUUUAAGCGAGGUACAGAAAGUUCUACAGAUUGUGGACAACACGGUUUCCAGGCAAAAAAUGGAUUGCAAGGCUGAAGAAAUCUCAAAGCUAAAAGGUUAUCACAUGAAGGAUCCAUGCUCUCAAGCUGAGGAACAAGGAGUCACUUCUCCUAAUAUUCCACCUGUGGGUCUUCCAGUUGUGAGUCAUAAUGGUGCCACUAAAAGUAUUAUUGACUAUACUUUAGAGAAAGUUAAUGAAGCCAAAGCUUGCCUCCAGAGCUUAACUACUGACUCAAGGAGGCCGCUCAGUACUAUUAAGAAAGAGAAGUUGCGUACUUUAAUAGACUUGGUCUCAGAAGAAAAAAUGAUUGAGAACCAUAACAUAUCCACUCCGUUUUCUUGCCAGUUCUGUAAAGAAAGUUUUCCCGGUCCCAUUCCCUUACACCAGCAUGAGCGUUACCUUUGCAAAAUGAAUGAAGAAAUCAAGGCAGUCCUUCAACCUCAUGAAAGCAUAGUUCCCAACAAAUCUGAAAUGUUUGUUGAUAACAAAGCUCUUCUAUUGUCAUCAGUACUUUCUGAGAAAGGAAUGACUAGCCCUAUCAACCCAUACAAGGACCACAUGUCUGUACUUAAAGCAUAUUAUGCUAUGAAUAUGGAACCUAAC